GGUUCCUUCCAGGCUCCGUGGAGCAGCUUGGGGGAGUGUGGGGAGCAGUACUGCCUGGUGUGGGAGUCGCGCUUCCUCCGGGACCUGGGCUCGGCCAUGGCCUCUCUGCUGGACGGGCUGGUGGGCAUGGUGGCCCAGGAGGCCCUGAAGUACACCAUCCUGUCAGGCAUCGUGACGGCGCUGACCUGGCCCGCCGGGCUGCUGGCGGCGGCGUCCGUCAUCGACCACCCGUGGUGCGUGUGUCUGAGCCGCUCCGCCGAGGUGGGCAAGCACCUGGCGCAGGUGCUGCAGAGCCGACGGCAGGGGAAACGUCCGGUGAGCCUGAUCGGCUUCAGCCUGGGGGCCAGAGUCAUCUACUACUGUCUGCAGGAGCUGGCCAACGACAAAGGCAGUGAGGGGAUGGUGGAGGACGUGGUGCUGCUCGGGGCCCCGGUGGACGGGUCGGAGAAGGCCUGGGAGCGGAUCAGCAGGGUGGUCGCCGGGAAGAUCGUCAACGGCUACUGCCGGGGCGACUGGCUGCUGGGUUUCCUGUACCGCAGCUCUGCGGCGCAGAUGUCGGUGGCGGGGCUGCAGCCCGUGGAGCUCAACGACCAGCGCGUCAUCAACGUGGAUCUGUCCUCGGUGGUCAAAGGUCACCUGGACUACAUGAAGCAGAUGGACACCAUCCUGGUGGCGGUUGGCAUGCCGACCCGCGAGGCCCCCGGCGCCUCUGCCUCCUUCGGGCCCCUGAACUCGGUCACUGUCAGAGAGGCGGACCACCCUGACCCCCCCGGACUCGCAGACCCCCAGGCCCCGGGCAGCCACCCCAGCGCCACCAGGGAGAGGGAGGGGGAGGAGACGAGCGACGGCUGGGACAUCCCUGACAUCUCGGACCUCCUGGCGUCCCUCGGCGACGACGUUUCCGUCGUCGCCGGCGAUCGUCGCCCCGGGGACGCCGGCACCCCCCCACCGACCGGCCCCCGGGCCCCGGACAGUCCCGCCGAGGACGGAGAGAACCUGUCCUGGGGGUGGGACGACGCCCCCUGGGCCGCCCAGAGCAAACACGUCAAGCGGGGGGACGGGGCGGGCAAACCGAACACGUGACAGGAAAUGCUUCGUUCUCUCGCUUUUUUUUCUUUUUUUACGCUACAAACUCACGGGAGGGGCGCGGUCAUCUCGCCCUGGACUCAGACCCCACACCCCCCCCCCCCGUGCCCGCUGCCAGUCAUUAUCAGUAUAACAGAGAUCAUUUAGAUUUUAAGUCAUCAUGGCUUUUUAACUGGCUGGCUGGCGCCUGGUGAGGACGCACCAGUGUUGAGCGACGUGUGUGUUUGUGUAUUCUCCUCGGAGCCGAGAGACCGACCGGCGGAGCGGAUGAUGUUCAAAAUCAUCCACGGAAUAUUCUGCUCAAUUUAACGCAGGCGACGCCGCAGGUGCCAUCGCCAUCCCAGAAUAUUAUCCCAUCUGGUGGCUCGGUUGCCAUGGGAAUUACCGCUGCAAUCAGAUGCUUGUUUUUGCAAUCAUUUCGUGUCGUGUCGUCGGUGAGAGGGAGAUUAGUUCGGGGAGCUUCAAGGAGUUGACAUUCUUUAUUUAUUCCGAACCAGUGUGUGUCCCAUUAGUACUGCUUGUUGUACCACCCCCCCCCCCCCCCCACCCCCCAUAAUGUGAAUGUGUGUAUUGCUCUGUAACAGGCCAGUGUCUAGCCACCAAGGCUAGCCACUUGCCUAACAUUACGUUGAUUUAAAGAGGAUUUUUAAUUGAAUGUACCUUGAGUUCUAGUGACCCAUUAUUUUCUCGAGUCAUUUUGUAUAGACUGGGGGAUCCAACGACUGAAGGAGAAAAACAAAGAAUGAAUGAAUGAAUGCGUGUGAAUCGACCGCAGACUUCUAAACCAAUGUGUGCUUCUGCCAAACCAUAACCACACUGUUGGCACCCAUCUCAGUUCGACUAGUGAAGUGAUUUUCUUUUUUCCUUUUCUUUUUCGUCCAAAAAAACGCCCAAAUGAUGAUAAUAACAAUAAUGUGUCACUCGCAGAUGGAAUGGCGCUGUGUUAAUAUUUCAGUUGACUACAUGUUCUCUGACACCGCUACAAUUAAAAGCCUCUCGGGGUGUUUUGUUACGAGAGAGAGAGAGACUGAGUCACUGUCACU